GAAAACGCCGCUGCUCUGAUAUUUAACGUAGUUGAAUUAGUUGAAAAAUAUUAAAUUUUGUUAAUAAAUUCUAAAUUAAAAAUAAAAUAAAAUGCCAAUCUUACUUAAGUCACGUUGGCUACAACAUGUUGGCAGAAUUUGUCAAAAAAGAUGGUUGACACAGACAUGUACCGGAGUCAAAGAUUUGGAAUUGACUAAUGAUAUCAAACAUAAGAUCGAGAAACAUUGGCGAAAUACGUUAAAUGAGGGAAAAUUCAAUUACCAAAAUUUGGAUAAGAAAUUCUAUGUGUUGUCUAUGUUUCCUUAUCCCUCUGGUAAUUUGCACAUGGGUCAUGUGAGGGUUUACACUAUCAGUGAUACAGUGGCACGUUUUCAACGGAUGUGUGGUCUGAAUGUUUUCCAACCCAUAGGCUGGGAUGCAUUUGGCUUGCCGGCUGAAAAUGCGGCCAUACAAAGAGGCAUUGCGCCCAAGGACUGGACUGAAAAGAAUAUACAACAAAUGAAAACACAACUAGAAAAUUUGGGUUGUUCAUUCGAUUGGAAACAUGAAUUGUCCACCUGUAGUCCUGAAUACUAUAAAUGGACUCAGAAAUUAUUUUUAAUGUUGCAUAAAGAGGGAUUGGCUUAUCAGAAUGAGGCUUUGGUCAAUUGGGAUCCGGUAGAUAAAACGGUAUUGGCUGAUGAACAAGUGGAUGCCAAUGGCUGUUCCUGGCGUUCGGGAGCGAAAGUAGAAAAGAAGCUGCUAAAGCAAUGGUUUAUUAAGACUACCGCUUUUGCUCAACAGCUGUUAGAGGGUUUGGAUGAUCCCAUUUUAAGAGAUUGGCGUGAUAUUAUAAAUUUACAAAGACAUUGGAUAGGAGAAUGUGAUGGUUAUGGUUUCCAGCUAUUUACAUCGCAAGCUAGUUCUCUAAGAGUAUGGACUCAGCAUCCUGAACAUCUUAAGGAUCCCAAUGCUUUUGUGGUUUUAAAAACAAAUCAUUAUUUAGCUAAAGCCAAAGAUAAUGCUUUCAAUAUGACUAUAGAAAAUCCUUUUACUGGCACCAUAAUGCCCGUCAUUUUCAGUGAUACACCCACCUUUGCUGAUAAAUGUGAUGUUUAUUUGGCAGCGCCUAGUUUUAGAGAGGAAGAUAAAGAACUGCAAGAGUCUCUAAGUCUCUCGUUCUUUGCUGAUGAAGAAUUCAAUGCCGACAAUCACAAUAAGGAAAUGUUGAGAAAAGAAGUACUAGAGGCUGCUCAAAGAUUAAAAAUUGGUGGUUAUAAAGUUUCCUCCAAAUUAAACGAUUGGCUAAUAUCACGCCAAAGAUAUUGGGGCACCCCUAUACCCAUGAUAAAUUGUGACAAAUGUGGUGUAGUGCCAGUACCCGAUGAACAGCUUCCUGUUAUAUUGCCCGAAAAAUUGAUACACGAAAAAAAUCGUGAGGACUCGCUAAAAUGUUCUUGUCCAAAAUGUAACAAUCCCAAUGCCAUAAGAGAAUCGGAUACUAUGGAUACUUUUGUCGACAGUUCCUGGUAUUAUUUACGCUACUUGGAUCCUCACAAUACAAAAGAGAUUUUUGAUAAAAAUAUUAUAGCAGAAUCAAUGCCGGUCGAUUUGUAUAUAGGCGGCAAAGAGCAUGCUGUUUUGCAUUUAUACUACGCACGUUUUAUGAAUCAUUUUCUACAUUCUCUCGGCCUGGUAUCUAGUUCAGAACCAUUUUCUCGCUUACUUGUACAGGGUAUGGUAAUGGGACGAUCUUUUCGAGUUAAAGGCAGUGGCCGUUAUGUACAGGAACAUGAGGUAGAUAUUGUUAAUGCCAAGAAAAAUCAAGCUGUUUUAAAGGAGACAAAAGAGCCAGUCGUUAUGACUUGGGAGAAAAUGUCGAAGUCAAAAAUGAAUGGUGUAGAUCCGGGUGAUAUGUUUAAGGAAUAUGGUACCGAUACAACAAGACUGAUAAUUUUAGCUGAUGUAGCGCCGACUUCUCAUAGAAAUUGGUCCAGUGCAACAUUCCCUGGAAUUCUUAAUUGGCAAAAACGUUUGUGGCUGACGGUAAAUGAGUUCUGCGAAUUGCGUUCCUCCACAGAUGAUUCACAAAUUGAUAUCAACUCAAAUGAAUUCCAAGCUGAAGAUGAAAAAUUAUUUGAUGCUAGAAAUUUCUAUGUAAAAGGAGCCACAUUUAACUACAGACACACACAUCAACUUAGUGUUGCUAUCUCGAAAAUGCAGGGAUUAACUAAUUCCUUAAGACGAACUCCCAAACACAUUAUACGCUAUGGCAAACAUUACGAACGUGCCUUAGCCGCCCAAAUCAUUAUGCUUGCACCCAUGGCACCACACUUUGCCUCAGAAUUAUGGUCUAAAUUUGCCUCUGCUCCACAACGUCUUAAUACAUCGGCUACCGAGCUGCAAUGGGACAAAGAUGUACUCUCGCAACAGUGGCCAGAAAUCGAUCAAAACUAUCAAUUGGAUUUAGCCAUUAAAGUAAAUGGUUUUGAAAAUUGUUGCAUUAAAAUACCACGUAGUCAUAUUGACAAAGUAACUCAUAAUGAUGCAUUAGAUCUGGCAUUUAAUACGGAUUCUGUAACGUCCUACUUAAUCGAUAAGAAAAUACGUACAACUAAUUUUGUAUUGUAUCCGGGCAUUGAAGCGAUUUUAAAUAUUUAUGUUGAUAAAGUUAAGCAGGAAAAACAAUCAAAUUCAUCGAAUACAAGUAAUGAAGAAAUUGUACAUUAGAAUAGAAGAACGUCUAUUGUUGUUAUUAAGUGGAUUGAUUAAUUAAUUUAUAAGGUGUUGCAUAUUUAAAUUUAAGUUAGUUUUAUAAAAUAAAUAAAUGAGCGCAAAAUAAAGAUGUUACUUUUAAAGAAGUAA